AUGGAGCCAGCACGCCCCCGCCGAUUCAUUCUCUUCAGCUGCCCGCGGACGGCUUCGAAUCUGCUUGUGCGGAUUCUGAAUUUGCAAAACCAGCCUGAACUGGCCAAGCCACCACCUCAAGGUGGCUACUACUUCUUGCCUUCGAUCAUGAAAGCCAACGACCUUAUGGUCCGCGAGAAGCACAUGAAGGAAUGGACGGAGGAAGAACGAUCUGAAAUGCAGCAAGUCUACCAAGCUGGCUUCGAUGAAUUCCAAAAAUACGUAAACGGUGCUCAGGACAGUGGGAAAAUAGCAUUUAUCAAAGAGCAUUCCACUAUGUUUGCUGAACCGACUAAUAUCUGCAAAAUGAUGUUCCCAAACGACGAGGUUAGAGAAGAGCCAUGGCUUCUCCAAAUGGCCAACUCAAUCGACGAAACACCAAUGCGCUCGUCACUUAACGAGACGAUGCUGCCAGACCAGUUCCUCAACACCCUCCUACCGGCAUUCCUCGUCAGGCAUCCCGCACUUUCAUUUCCUUCAUUUGAAAGGCAGAUGGGCAAGUUGACAGAUGUUUUCACUGUGGUAUCGCCAGAGCGGAAAGUGCAGAUGACCUACAAGUGGAGCCGCUCCCUCUAUGACUACUAUGCCAACUUGUUGAGCGAGUCCGAACCUGUGGGAGACGACGGCACCACUUGGCCACUGGUUCUCGAAGCAGACGACAUCAUCAAACAGCCCGAGGUUGUUAUACGGUUCUGUGAGCUGAUGGGGUUGGACAAAACAAAGUUACUAUUCUCGUGGGAAAAAGUAAGCCAGGAGCAGUUGGAAAAGAUGUCUAAAGGGAUGAAAACGAUGCUUGGAACAUUGAACAGCUCGGAUGGUAUCAACACAAAUAAUGUUUCUUCGGACAUAGAUAUUGAUGUAGAGGCCAAGAAGUGGAAAGAAGAGUUUGGAGAAGACGUCGGUGCGGAGAUCGAGCAACAUGUAAGGAACGCGAUGCCUGAUUAUGAGUUCUUCAAGAGCAAGAGGUUGAGACCAGCGUGUACAACCAACAUCAACAUUUAG